CACCCUCCUGUCAAGAAGGCGCAGUGAAUAAACACAAACAUCGUCAUUCGAUUCUCGAUUUCAGGCAACAUAAAAUCAAUUCUUGCUCCUUUGAAAUCUACUGUUCCGGCAAUUAGUUGCGGAUUCGUUCUCUUCGCUAAACUAUCCAAGAUUGCAUCAUGUAAGGCGCGUUUUGGGCAUUCACGCGAGAGCAUUUGUGGUGUGAUCACAGCAAGAGCAAAGAGUCCUCAGGUGGUGCGCACUAAGUGAAAGAAGAAAAAAGGAAAAAAGACAAGUUCUCCCGCACCCUUCGGUGGCAAGGGCACAGGGUUCUUUCCGGGAAGGCUGCAGAAAGGAGGUGGUGAAAGGGACACUUGAAUUAUGGGUGAUAAGGGUGGUCAAUCGGCGGGGGGUCCCACGGCCCAACCGCUGGUCAAGAUCGGUCACUACAUUCUCGGUGCAACGCUCGGUACGGGAUCGUUCGGAAAGGUCAAGAUCGGUGAGCACCAGGUGACGAAGCACAAGGUGGCGGUCAAGAUAUUGAAUCGCCAGAAGAUCAAGAGCCUCGAUGUGGUGGGCAAGAUUCGGCGUGAAAUCCAGAACCUGAAGCUGUUCCGCCAUCCGCACAUCAUCAAGCUGUACCAGGUCAUCUCGACGCCGACUGAUAUCUUUAUGAUCAUGGAGUACGUCAGCGGUGGUGAGCUGUUCGAUUACAUCGUCAACAAUGGGAAGUUGCAGGAAUCGGAAGCUCGUCGGUUCUUCCAGCAGAUCAUCUCCGGCGUAGACUACUGCCAUCGCCACAUGAUCGUGCAUCGGGAUCUGAAGCCGGAAAACCUGUUGCUCGAUCACAAUCGUCACGUAAAGAUUGCUGACUUUGGCCUUUCGAACAUGAUGUUGGAUGGAGAGUUUCUGCGCACGUCGUGCGGCUCACCGAACUAUGCUGCGCCGGAGGUUAUCUCGGGCAAGCUGUACGCCGGACCGGAAGUUGAUAUCUGGUCGUGCGGAGUCAUUCUGUACGCGCUGCUCUGUGGCACGCUGCCGUUCGACGAUGAGCACGUUCCGACGCUCUUCCGGAAGAUCAAAUCGGGCGUCUUCCCCAUUCCGGAGUAUCUCAACAAGCAGGUCGUCAGUCUGCUGUGCCAGAUGUUGCAGGUGGAUCCGCUGAAACGUGCCACGGUCGAGGAGAUCAAGAAGCACGAAUGGUUCCAGAAGGAACUUCCGGCCUAUCUGUUCCCAUCGCCGGUUGAGCAGGAUAGCAGUGUUAUCGAUACGAAUGCGGUGCGUGAGGUGUGCGAUAAGUUCGGGGUGAAGGAGCACGAGGUGCACAACGCACUGCUUAGCGGUGAUCCGCACGAUCAGCUCGCGAUCGCGUACCAUCUCAUCAUCGACAACAAGCGCAUCGCGGAUGAAGCGGCCAAAGCCGAGCUGAAGGAGUUUUACGUUGCCGGUAGUCCACCUGCAUCGGUUGCAGACAACAGAUUCGGCCAGCCGCAAGCAUCGGCCAACGCAGCGGCACAAGCAGCCGGCGCUACUGGAGCAUCGGCUCAGAAUGAACCCUUCAAAUCUCCCUCGAUCCAUCCGGAACGGAUUGCACCGCUACGGGAUCGCCCUGCAGGUCCAACGAUGGCCACCAGUCUGCCGAGUCCGGCUGCGCUUACCAACCUAGCGCAGCAGCAAGCAGCCGGUGUACCGAUCGAUAAGCAUCGCGGUACACCGGUGAAGCGUGCCAAGUGGCAUCUCGGCAUACGAUCGCAGUCGAAACCGAACGAUAUCAUGCUCGAGGUGUACCGGGCGAUGAAGGCGCUCAACUUCGAGUGGAAAAUCAUCAACCCGUACCACGUGCGCGUCCGCAAGUACAACGAGCGUAACGAGAAGCACGUCAAGAUGUCACUCCAGCUGUACCAGGUCGAUCCGAAGAACUAUCUGCUCGAUUUCAAAUCACUCACGAACGAGGAGGUCGAGCAGGGCGAUGACGUGAUUAUGGAAAGCUUGACCCCACCGCCACCGGUUGGAUUCGGUGGUAUGGGCAUUCCAUCGGCGCACCAACCGAGUGGCCACCAUACGAUGGAGUUUUUCGAAAUGUGCGGUGCCUUGAUAGCCCAGCUGGCUCGCUAAGAUAACGUAUUGGACACUAGACAUUAAGCUCCCAGAUCCCAAUUUUAAAACGACCGAUUCCUUGUAUGAUUACUAGAUUUUUAUCAAACGUUGUUAAUACCAAAUAGACAAAGAAAAGCGUGAAACAAAUGUAAACGGGUUUUCAGCCAAGCUUGCAGCUAAUGGAAAUCAAUGAGGAGCGCUUAUAAAAAAACCAAUAAAUUGUGGCAUUUCGGCUGAUAAGUGAAAUUAAUAAACGUAGCAUCUCGGUGUUUCUUUGGAUAUCUA